CUGUCAAAAAGUGGCAGGCGCGUCUGGUGGGAUGAUAACUCCCCCUGCCCCGUGCAGUGCUUGGUCAACCCUGUCAAAUGGGGAGGGCAUCCGAGAUUCGCCAAAUAGUAGCUUCUUCUACUGUCCGGAUGAAACGUAGCGGUGAAGACUUCGAUUUACCCUUUUUCUUUCACUUCUCUUUGAUCUUGUUGACGGGGAGGGCGGUGUUGGUUUUUCUCUUCAUUAGAUGAAAACGACUGGCAAGGCAAGACUAAUUGUAGAGCCUGUUUACUAUUUUGUAGGCAAAGUGAAACGUUUUAUGACUUAUGAAAUAACGUUUUUACACUUUCCUGUGUACCGCACGCAAAAACCGGAUUCCAGUUCUCUCUCCUGUGGAGCGAGCGCCUUUUUUUGUAUCGCCCUAGCAACUGGUCCUCGUGGCUGCUGCCUUGUGACAUUUCCUUGUCGCUUUACUCACCAGCCAUCGCAUAUUGAAUUCGCCUUUUUGCACCCGCCUGUAUGCGGGGCCAUUUUUGCAUAGGGUAUUUCCCUACCUCGUCUUUAAUUUGAUUUAUUUAAAACUCUGGAGGUUCAUGCGUCGGAGAAGUCUCAUCUUUCUGCGUCAAAAUGCCUGUGAGACGCGGUCAUGUAGCCCUCCAGAACACUUAUCUGGACACCAUUAUCCGGAAAUUCGAUGGACAAAAUCGUAAGUUCCUGAUAGCCAACGCUCAGAUGAAGAACUGUGGCAUUAUCUACUGUAACGAGGGCUUCUGCCAGAUGUUUGGCUUCUCGCGGGCAGAGAUCAUGCAGCAGCCCUGCACCUGCCAGUUCUUGGUGGGGCCUGGCACCAUGAAGACUGCCCUGACACAGCUGGCACAGGCCCUGCUAGGGUCAGAGGAGCGCAAGGUGGAGAUCCUCUACUACAACAAAGAAGGGACCUGCAGGCCCUGUCUGAUUGAUGUUGUUCCUGUGAAGAAAGCGGAGGGACAGGUCAUCAUGUUCAUCCUCAACUUCCAGGAAAUCAUUGACCCCUCCCUCAAGAAACCAGGUCUGAGACAGAGGGUGGCCCAGGGCUGGGUAUGGGCAGGGCAGAGUCGCAGGCUGAAGUUGAGACUGCCAUUGGUACGUGCAAUGCGUCGGUCUUCCCUCGCCAAAGACCAGUUUGAGGGGGUGGUGGUGGACUACCUACAGCCCAACAGUGAAGAGAUCCCACUGAAAGAGUUACGUAUCCCGUCCAAGGAGAGCUGCAUGCAGUCUGAGACAGAGGCGCUGAUAGAGCAGGACCAUGAGUCCUCCCAGCCUGCAAGCCACUACUCCCCCAAACUGCUGUCCCUAUUGUCGGAGCGGCUGGAACCCAGCGUGCCCUUCCUCCCCAGCAGCCCCUUCUCCAGUGCAGCCUUUCCCAGGARGGUCCUGCCCCGGAGCCACUCCAGAGAGACUGUCGGCAGCCUCCGCAYAGCUUCCUCCCUGGAUGACCUCGACAGCAUGAGGGCCGAGURGGGCCGACCAGGAGACCCACGCUCCAMCAGCAGUGAGUUUGUGUGUGUGUGUACCCAGUCAAAAGUGUAGUCUGUUGCCAUUUUUGUACCCCCUCUGACAGGAAGAAAUGUGGCUGUCUKCUCUUACAGUUCCAUCUGAAUCAAAACAAACCAAGCCAAAGCUACCUGGGCCUGUUGGAGACUUGAAGGCCGGUACUCUGAGCUCCACCUCAGACUCGGACCUGAUGCGACGCAGGACCAGCACUCGCAGGACCAGCACUCGUAACCCCCUCACACUCAGUUUCGCCUCCGACCUCUUGCGACCACCCUCGCCCACUGAGAUCGAGAUCAUCGCUCCCAGCAAAGUAAAGGACCGUCACCGAGACGUCACAGAGAAGGUCACACAUGUCACACAGGUGAGACACAWGGUCCUCACUAGCACUCAUAUCACACKACCACAACCAUGUGAUUGCCUGACUCAACCUGUAUUCUGCUUAUAUAUUCAGGGAUUUUCAAAGUGAGCUUUUUCAGAACGGCAUGUGCGAUAUUGUGUACACAGGACGUUGUGUAAAAGGAACGUUGGGUUAUUGAGAAGUGGUGGAUUACAUCUCUUCGGUCUGACUUCCUGUGUUGCAAGCU